AUGGCGGACAACUAUGACCUGCUGUUCAAGGUACUCUUCAUCGGCGACACUGAUGCCGGCAAGUCCUCUCUCCUCGUGCGCUAUGUGGAUGGCACCGUUCCCUCGGGGUCUUCCACAGGCACGAUUGGGGUGGAUUUCAAGAUCAAGACGAUUGACGUCGAUGGCCACACCAUCAAGCUCCAGGCACCGGGACAGGAGCGAUUUCGGACGAUCACUUCGAGCUAUUACCGGGGAGCCAACAUCAUCAUGCUCACCUUCGACGUGGCUGAUCGGAGCUCCUUUGAAAGCGUCACUCGUCUCUGGAUGAUAGAAGUCGAACGCUAUGCGUGCGACAACGUGGUCAAGUGCCUCGUGGGCAACAAAACCGAUCUCACUAAACAAAGGGUGGUGACCGUAGAGGACGCCAAGGAGGUGGCUGCCUCGCUCAACUUGUCCUACUUUGAGACGCAAGUCCUCAAGGCCCAGGGCGCAGUGCCCAAGGCGUCCGGCGUGUCUCUGCGUGCCAGCGCCCCGCCCAAGAAGAAGGGCUGCUCCGUGUAG